CGCCGCCGCCGCCGCCCGCGGGCACAAAGCGCUGCUUGCUGCUCUUGCGGGCGACUCUCGCGCGGAGCUUCCUCCGGGGCGACCCCCGGGUUGCCCCUCCACCCCACCCCAUGCCCCGACGGCUCUGGCUGCAAUUGCUGGCUGCUCCUCGGAGCCGCGUCGGAACCGAGCAGCCCUCCCGGGUCUGAGCCUCGCUUCCACCCCUCCGUCUCUACCCCACCCGCUCCAGUUUCCUCUCCGGUCCGCCGCCGCCGCCGCUGCCGCUAUGGACGGCAAGCCCUUGCUGCAGGACCGGCCGCCGCCCUAUAGCCCCUACGGGCCGGCGGGCAACUAUCCAGCCCAUACCUACGGGGCCAUCCCGCCGGCGCCGCCCUACCCGUUCCCCGCCGCGGGGACCGGACCAGGAUAUACAGCUCCAGCUGCUUCACAGCCACAUAACUAUCCCAAUACUACGUAUACCAUAAUCCAGCAGCCCGCUUCCACCACAUCUGUUAUUGUCGUUGGUGGCUGCCCAGCUUGCAGAGUCGGCGUCCUGGAAGACACCUUUACCUGCCUUGGCAUCCUCUGCGCCAUCUUGUUUUUCCCCAUUGGGAUUAUCUUUUGCCUCGCCUUGAGACAACGAACGUGUCCUAACUGCGGGGCCACGUUUGGUUAAGGGAUCAGCCCCCCCUCCCCAGCUCAGCCCGGAGGCUUUGAGGAGCUGUACCCCCUUUUUUUUCUAAUGUAAAUGUCAUAUACAAUCAAGUCGAUGCGUCGGAGCUGAUUUUGUAAAAAAAAAAAAAAAAAUACAAUUAUUACCAAGCA